UUUCAAUAUAUAUUCAAUCAAACAAUCAAUUAUUUAGAAGUAUUAUUGAAUAGUGAAAUGUCUCUAACGAAGGACAUAUUGCCCACUCUAUACGAGUACUAUACCGAAAAUGGAAUCAAGGCGGGUUUGUCUGAUAAAACACCUCAGUUUACUCUUAAUAACAAAAAUAUUACAAUAUAUAGUGGAGCUUUCCACUAUUUUAGAGUUCCAAGGGCUUACUGGAGAGAUAGAUUGAGAAAAAUGAGAGCUGCAGGACUAAAUACAGUUGAAACUUAUAUUCCAUGGAAUCUCCAUGAACCUCAACCAGGUGUUUACGAUUUUGGUAGCGGUGGAACAGAUAUGGAAGACUUUCUACACUUGGAAGAGUUCUUGAAAGCUGCACAAGAAGAAGAUUUGCUAGCACUUGUUAGACCUGGUCCUUAUAUUUGUGCUGAAUUUGAGUUUGGCGGUUUUCCUAGUUGGAUUUUAAGAGACACUGAUACCGUAAGAUCCUCCAAUGACAAAAAUUAUAUAUCACAUGUGAAAAGAUGGUUCAAUGUACUAUUACCGAUCCUGGCACUUCUGCAAUUUCAAAAGGGGGGGCCAAUUGUUGGAUUUCAAAUUGAAAAUGAAUUCGGAAGUUUAGGAAGACAUGAUCCGCAAUAUUUAGGAAUCCUGCAGCAGUUGUUCAUAGAUAAUAAUAUUACUGAAUUAUUGUAUACUGCGGAUUCUCCUGGGAACACUAAUGGUUCCAUAGAUGGAGUGUUACAGACGGGCAAUGUGGGUAGUGUAACCGAUAUUUUAAAGGGCUUAGCAAAAUUGAGAGAAUUACAACCGGAAAAACCACUUAUGGUUAUGGAAACUUACACAGGUUGGUUUGAUCAUUGGGGAGAGGAGCAUCAUACAACAACAGCUAUUGCAUAUUUAGCCAUAUUACAUACCAUCCUCGAUUUUCCAUCUUCGUUGAAUAUGUACAUGUUUAUUGGUAGUACGAGUUAUGGUUUCAUGAACGGAGCAAAUGACGUUACGAGAGGUACAAAUAACUCAGGCCUCCAAAUAGACACUACCAGCUACGAUUACGAUUCUCCCAUAACAGAGUGGGGAACAUACACUGAUAAAUACGAAUUGAUUCGAAUAUCAAUUAUAACUGAUAACAAAAUUAAAACUAAGCUUCCAGAAAAACCUAGCGUACGCGAACCUGUACAUUAUUCGGAAUUGAAACCAGUGGGACAGAUACUUUUAACCCAAAUUAUUGAAGACGCCAAAUAUAAAAUAGAAUCAGAAAACUUGCUACCUAUGGAGAUGCUGCCUAUUAACAAUAACUCCGGACAAAGUUACGGUUAUGUGACUUAUAGGAAAAAUAAUCUGAAUUUAUUGCCAAACGCUACUCUGAAAAUUUCUGGUUACGUGCGUGAUACUCUUUUAAUUCUGGUGAAUGGUGAACUAGUGUCCCCAGUACCAAGGAAAGAAACUGACAUUGAUGGUAUUGGAUUUUGGAAACUGUACAAUUCAACUAUUGUACUAACUGAUAAGAAAAUGAAUAAUGCUACUUUAGAUUUAGUUAUAGAAAAUUUUGGAAGAAACAACUACGGUGGUUUGGAUCAGUUUCAUCAGUUCAAAGGACUUACUGAUGAUGUUUUCAUCGAUAAUUAUAAACUAACAAAUUGGCAAAUUAUUCCUUUGGAAUUCAAAUCCGCGUGGACUAGGAAACUUAAUGGAUGGCAUUCUAUUGAUAAUAACAAAAGUAUCCCCGCGCUAUAUAAAUUUAUUCUCAACGUAAACGACGAACCGGCCGAUUCGUUUAUUGACAUGAGAGAAUGGAUUAAAGGUAUAACAAUUGUGAACGGAUUCGUGUUAGGGAGACACUUUUUUAUAGGCCCGCAGUUUACACUUUAUUUGCCAGCACCACUAUUGAAAGAGGGAGAGAAUGAAAUUGUGGUUUUUGAACAUUAUGACGCACCUGAGAAUUUGCGUUUUUCCAAUCAACCUAUUUAUAAGACUGGAUCAAGAUCGAAUCGAAGAUACAGCAACUGACGGUUAGCGAUAUAUUUUCAUUUUUCAAAUUUCUUUCUGGUUAGAAUGACACAGGAUUCCAAACCAAAAUGUUGAUGCGAUAUUUUUUCUGGACAAUGUUUAAGUUUUAUCUCAUUGGAUACCCUAAAUUUCGUUGCGGUUUUUUCUCAAAAUCCUGUUCACGUUUGAUUUUAUUUCUUAUUUUCUAUAUAAUGAAUUUCUUUUAGAUAAUACUACUAAUCGAACCAGGAAAGUAUAGUACAACUACUCCUUUCCUUUCAAAAGACAGAAGUCUUUAUUGACUUAUUUAACUCAUAGAAAUAACAAGUUUACUUUCCAGAAACAAUAAUUGAAUCAGGGGAAAAUGAAAUUCGAACAAGGGAUGUCUGAAGAAUGUGUAUCUAAAAAAUUGUUAACAAUUACGACUGAUUGUUAUUUUCUCACGAAAGUUUCUCAAUUAUCAUAUAUAGUUUAUUUCAGAUAUAGAGUAAUAGAAUCUCAUUAGGUAUGCAAAGGGACCACAGAGUGACCCAACGAAUAUUUAAGCCACAUUCCUAGUUUGGCAUUGAUUUCAUUGUAAACUUCUCUGUUUUUAUCAAGUGUAGGUAUUACCACCCGGGUUGGGGUCAAUAUAUGGGUGUAGCCUAUUGUUAUCCAUUCACAAACACUGAAAAUAGUGUGCCAAAGGCAUGCUGGUAGGAUGCUCGUAAAAAGGAAAGAAUUUUAUUUUAAUAGAAUAAAAAUUAAGCAUUAUGUACAUAGUACAUAGGUACACUUAUUUUUUAUUGAACAUUGUACAAAAAAUACAUUAUACAGAAAUUGAAUUAUAAAAAAUCAUCAUCAAAAGUAGUCAAGAUCCCACAUUCUCUCCUCUUCUUUAAUGACAUGAUGCACUACUUUUCGCCAGUUCUCUGAUGUCACCUCCUUAUUGGCUUGAUCAAAUAGUAGCUUAACGUCUUUCAUUUUGAAUGUCGUGUCGUGUCUUGCUUCAAAUCCUUUCACUUGCGCCCAUAUAAGUUCUAUAGUAUUUAGUUCACAAUGAUAUGGUGGUGUGCGCAGCACAGUUACGCUAUAUUUUUCUGCUAUAUCUUCCACGGCGUAUUUCAUAAAUUCAAUAAUUUUGGUGGUUAAUCAGUCAAUAAUUUCUUGUUUUCUCUAAGAUGAAGUUGGAAUUUUCUCUAAGCGUCGAGAAUGAUAACACUAUUUACGGCUUAACAGCAAAUACUGAUGCGUUAAACUAAACAAUUAUACUUAUAAAGAUCUAAAAAUUUUGGGUAAGGCACCAUUGCUUGUGCGGCGCAUGGUUAAGCCGAAUCUGAAAUAGGGUUGUAAUUAGUCAGAGGCACUAAUAGAAGGUUAAACGGUACCUGUUAAACGCAAAACGUAACUGUAUAAUCUACUACCUAAGUAAUCCCUACACAAUAUUUCGAUAUUGACACUUCAGGCCAGAAAACAUACUUUUUCUAAUUCUCUUACGCAAUUACUUCAAAUUUUAAUAUUACAAACAAUACUAUUUCAAGACGCCUAUGGCCGACAACGAAAUCUAGCCGAACCGGACGGAAUUCCCCAUUUUAUUACUCUAUACCUUUCUGAAAUAGACUAUAAACAUUAGUAUUGAAAGUGGGGAAAUUUCUUUCCUCACAUAUUAAUACCCCCACAAUGAAAUUCGGUAUCUCAAAGUACGAAAAUAUAUAAUAAUGGAUACUUUGUAAAUUUAUUAGUCAAUAUAGAUUGAGUUACAGAUUAAUUGAUAUUAACAUAAUAUCUGUGAACGUAGAAAUUCAAUGAAUAAUAUCAACAUUAAUUUAAAUGGAAAUAUUUUGUAAGGAAGAUAGACGGAUUCUCAAUUGGUCUUUACUUGUCACUCUGUCUUUUUGUACAUGAUUAGAUGGUUAUGGAAUAUAUUGGAGUGUUUUCAAGUGUUCUAGAAAACUUUUAAAGAUCCUACGUGACCAAUCAAAAAAGAAAAAGAAUCGGAUUGGCUAUAAAGUAAGCUUUCGAGAGGCUAACAAAAAGGUCAAAAUUUGUUAAAGAAACCAUCAUAUAAUUUUAGUUAAAUUGUGUGAAUAUAUAAUACCAAACCAA